AGACGAAAACUAGCCGCACGAGCCAUUUAAGUCCAAGAAGCUUUCCUCCCCCCCCCCACCCCGCCUCUUAACUCCAAUCGCGCCAACCCAAAUGAUUCCUCUCACAAGACUUGGGAAGCGCCUCCCACCAAAUCUUUCUCCGCCUCCCCACUCGCCACGCAUCCCAUAAAUCCCCCUCCCAUUGUUGAAGGCCCUCUUUCUCUCUCAUCUCAUAAUUCACACCCCUCUUUCCUCUUGAUUUCUCCUGCCCCUCCUCUCUUUCUCUCUCUCCAACAAUGGCGAUCUAUCCCACCUCCAUCUCCCCCUCUUUCUGUAGAACCCGCCAUCACCCAUCUGAACCUUCAAGCUUCUCAAGUGGUGGAACCCCAGCCUCAAUUCGCUGCACUCACUUAUCGACAACCAGCAAUUUCAGAAUUAGGGCACACAAGACUUGCAGGGCUAGGGCUCAAAGGAACCUAGGGCAGGGAGGUCUGACCGCCAUGGCCAAGCUCUUCUCUAAACCUUCUGGCGCUGAUGGCUCAGUCUCACCUGAAGAGCCAAACGAGCUCCAUUACUUGGGCCCUGCUCAAUCGAGAGGUGGGAGAGGGUUCCCUGUGUUUGUGGCUCUGCCUCUUGAUUCAGUGAGUUCAGAUGGGAAAAUGAUGAGGAGGAAGGCUAUGGAGGUGAGUUUUAGGGCACUGAAACUUGCAGGUGUGGAGGGUGUGGCUAUGGAUGUUUGGUGGGGUUUAGUGGAGAGAGAUAGACCAGGAGUUUAUGACUGGAGAGGUUACAGAGAGGUUGUGGAGAUGGCGUUGAGGCAUGGGUUGAAGGUCAGGGCGGUCAUGGCCUUUCAUAGCUGUGUUGGAACCGAAGCUGAUCCUUGCCAUAUCACGCUGCCUCAUUGGGUACGUCAAGAAAUGGAAAGGGAGACGGAUUCGGCAUACACGGACAGGCAGGGAAGGAGGAAUUAUGAUUAUAUUUCCUUGGGUAGUGAUUUGCUUCCAGUUUUGAGGGGUCGGUCUCCAAUUCAAGCCUAUUCUGAUUUUAUGAGGAAUUUCAGGGGCACAUUCCAACAGUUUCUUGGUGUCAUCAUAACAGGCAUUCAAGUUGGGAUGGGUCCUGCUGGAGAGCUGAGAUACCCAUCACACCCUUCUGAGAAUCUAUCAUGGAGUUCUCAAGGAAUUGGCGAGUUCCAGUGCUAUGAUAAGCAUAUGCUCGCUUCACUGGAUGCUUGUGCCCGAGAAAUUGGAAAGGAAGAGUGGGGAAAGGGUGGCCCUAUUGAUGCCGGUUCCUACUACCAAAAUCCUGAAGAAACAGGGUUUUUUAAGAGCGAUGGCACAUGGAAUACACCAUAUGGUCAUUUCUUUCUGGAAUGGUAUUCAGGGAUGCUCCUCUUGCAUGGGGAGAGGCUAUGUAUAGCAGCUGAGUCAAUAUUCUCAGGAACAGGAGUGAAGCUCUCAGCUAAAGUGGGUGGAAUACAUUGGCAAUAUGACCUGAAAUCUCACCCUGCUGAGCUGACUGCUGGUUAUUUCAACACAUCCUUUAGAGAUGGUUACAUUCCUAUUGCUCACAUGUUUGCCAGACAUGGAGUGUCUCUUUGUUGCCCAUGCUUUGAUAUGAGUGACGAGAAUGCAAAGUUUUUCAAUAUACACAGCAGCCCGGAAGGGUUUCUCAAACAAAUCGUCUUUGCAGCUAAGAUUUGUAAUAUACACCUAACAGGUGAGAAUUCUUUGACAAAAUUGGACGAGAGUUCAUCAAAACAGGUCUUGAAGAGCUCCAAACUUUAUCCUGAUGGUGGUCUUGAUCCAGCUUGCUCCUUUCUCUUUGUGAGAAUGAAUAAGAAUUUCUUUCUACCUGAUAACUGGAAUCGCUUCGAAAGAUUGGUUUGGCAUAUGUCAGAUACGGGUAAUUUUCAUGCCAGGCUAGGUAAUAAAAAUACUAUUGAGUCACGCCUCUGUUCUAACGUGGCGAUAUAGGACUCCAGAUUAUUUGUGUGCUAUUGAUCUUUACUAUAUGCACGCCAUCGAAGCUGUAUAUUCUAUCUGUAGCACAAUCUGUGGUUUUUAGGUGCUAUCAUGUACACAAUUUUUGGGAGCGUUUGAGGGUUUUACAAUUUACACUCCCCCUUUGUACAAAUAAAUGUAUUUUUUCUUCUUUUCCAAAGUCAGAGGCUAUUCUAAAGUCUGAACUUGUGAUCUCUUGCGCAUGGAAGGUGAACAUUUUCAUUUGGGCUG